AUAUGCGAGUGUUCUGAGUUGAAGACAGACAUACUGUAUAUAAAAGCUCACGGUCUGCAUAUCAGAGAUAUCAAUGCUCUUUGUGGUAUCUAAUAUAAUUUGAUUUGGAUUUUUCCUUUAUUAGUGUUACAGAAAACAGAUAGUCUUGAAAUAUUUCAUAUUCCUUACUAUAAAAGAAUCACAAGAUACAUUCAACUUUUGGGGCAAGAUCCACGUCAUAAAGCUAGCACUAAAAAUAUUAUUGUAAUUGUAGUGACGAUUAGUAUUGCAAGCAUCAUUUUUCCAUCGGCAAUAGAUAUAUAUACGUCGUUACGUAACAAUGACAUGGACGAAAUGAUUGAGUGUCUGCCAAAUUUCCUUGCAUCUACAAUCAGUGCUAUUAAGAUAUUAAAUAUACAUUUCAACAGGCAAAGCUUUAACAAAUUGUUUCAAUUAAUAACGGAACAAUGGAAGCAGUUGGAAUUAAAUGGCGAAUUGCACGUUCUGGAAGAAAUCGUCAUGCAAGGCAACAAAAUGGCGCAAUUUUACAAUAGUACUUUAGUAACUUUUUUAAUAUUCUUCCUGCUGGUUCCGUUAAUUUCUCCCCUUUUAGAUAUCAUUCAUCCAUUAAAUGAAACUCGAACACGACAACAAUUAUUCAAAGUUAAUUACGUAUUUUUUAACCACAACAAUUAUUUCUUCUACGUAUAUUUAGAAUUAUUUUGGGCCUCAAUCAUUGUUGUAUUAACUGUAAUUGCUGCAGAUUGGUUAUACAUGUUAAUAAUUCAUCACAAUAGUGGAUUAUUUGCAGUGUGUGGACAGUUAUAAAUUUAGAUAAACCUAAGGAAGCUAUACGAAAUGCUAUAUUUUGUGGUGGAAGUCAAUUUCAUUUGUUGCUACUCAGCUUGCCUGGCCAGGUGCUACUAGAUAAUUGCUCUGCUUUAGAAAACAAUAUGUAUGUAGUAUCAACUAAAAUUCAUUAUUCGUCUCAAAACAGAUACGACUCAACAUGGUACAGAUGUUCCCGGAAAAUUCAGAAAUUACUACACUUAACGCAAAUAAGAUGCAAGAAGUACUGUUCAUUGUCAGCAGGUGGAUUGUAUGAAAUGAACAUAGAAAAUUUCGGUAUUGUAAGUAAGUCUAACGUCGCUAUAUCAACAGAAGCUUCAGACAAAUUCUUUCUUGCACUUUAA